AUGGCGUUCAAAUUUGUCUGGCUUGUCGAACUCUUCGAGACGCUCGAAGCUGCGCGGAAGGAUAAAGCACUUACCACGAACCGUAAUAUCGACGUCUAUGCUGAAGCCACCAAUAAAUGGUUCGACAAGUACGAACACAAACUUCAGAGAACAGGACCGUCUGCGAUAGCCUUUCUAUCAUGCAUCCUGCCAGAACGUCUGCCACAACGCACCUACCGAGUACAGGAGGACACUUUAGUUAAGAUCUUUUGUCGAGUUUUCCACUUGGGGCACACCAGUUCCAGUGCACUCCGCCGAUGGCAUGAGCAGGACGCCGACUUUGCAACCACGGUGGAGCACACAAUGGCCAAUUCGCAUCUGAUUAUGUCUAAGAAGCUAGUCACAUUGGAGGACAUUGACAAGACACUUCUUCAACUUGCGGACAAGGGGGCAACCAACACGAAGCGAUUGGAUGAAAUCCUGACGCCCGUACUACGACAUCUAACCCCACCGCACACCAAAUGGCUUGUUCGCAUGAUCCUGAAGUCCUAUACACCGAUACAUAUACCAGAAGCCACAGUUCUCCAACGCUUCCACUUCCUCCUGCCUGAUCUCCUGGCUGUUCAGAACUCCUUCGAUGCAGCGGUUGAGAUUUUGGAGCACGAUAACAUCAAGGCACUUCCAUACAACCCUGUAGGAAAAUCCCGAGAUGUCUACCUUGGGUUAUGCGCCGCACACAUCAGACCCAAGCUCGGUGUUAUGAUUACGCGUACACAAUAUGAGAAAGCACGGAGCAUCAAGCAUUGCUGUGACAUGGCCCGACAACGUCAUAUGAGUGUCGAAAGAAAAUAUGAUGGCGAGUAUUGUCAAAUACAUGUCGACCGCUCCAAGCCAAGAGGGAACCAAAUUCAAAUCUUUUCAAAGAGUGGGAAGGACUCAACGACCGACAGAGUUCGUCUCCAUGGAGUAAUCGAAGCAGGACUGCGGCUGGACCGAGAAGAUUGUGGCUUUGACCGAAAUUGCAUUGUCGAUGGUGAGCUUGUGGUAUACAGCCGAACACAGAAGACGAUCCUUCCCUUCCACAAAAUCCGAAAACAUGUGAUGCACGGUGGAACCUUUAUUGGUACCGCUGCCGAUUCACCUAGGAAAGGCGACGAGCAGCUCAUGAUUGUCUUUUAUGACAUCUUACUCCUCGAUGACAAGAUUUUGGCCAAGGAGCCACAAUCUGAGCGGAGGAAGGUACUCGAACGUAUCGUGAGGAACCUUGAUGGUGAAGCCCAAAUUGCAUAUCGUCAAAUCAUCAACUUCGGCGUUAGAGACGCCAAGGUGGAAUUGAGGGAAUUCUUCGAAUGCGCAAUUCUUCAAAGAUGGGAGGGACUUGUGCUCAAAGGCUGCCGUGAUCCUUACUUCUCCUGGGAAAGCUCCAAGAGGGUCAUCAAACUUAAGAAGGACUACAUCCACAACCUUGGCGAUACAGUUGACCUUUGUAUCAUUGGCGGUCGACGUAGUCAAAUCGUUGUCGAUCAACUUGGCAUCGGGCCUUUGUCCUGGACGACAUUCUACAUUGCAUGCAUCGAGAACAAGGAGCAGGUGCGUAGACACAACAAAAAGCCCGUGUUUCGCAUUAUCGACACAGUGUCUAUACAUGGAAUAUCGAAGGAUAACAUCCGGCACCUCAACGGUCUAGGGGAAUUUUUGCGCAUACCUUUCGCGGAUCAUCGAGCUCAUAUGGAAGUUCAGAACCAUCGAAAAAAUAUACAAGCCCCGACUGAUCUUUUCAAGUCGCCAAUUGUCGUUGACGUUAUGGGAGCAGGCUUCGAGAAGCCACAGAAUGCAGCAUAUUACGUAUUACGCUUCCCGCGGAUCGUGAAGUUGCAGAGGGAUAGGAGCUUCUUGGACUCCAGUACCUUCGCGGAUUUGCAAGAGCAUGCCGAUAGAAGCAUGAAGGUCUCCUUGGACAACGAUGAACAGCAAGAGGAGGGGUGGAUCGAGCGCCUCAUCGCUGCCGAUGGGAAGAAUGCCAUUGAGGCUGAGGGGAACCAGUCUCAGACUACGGCCAGUCCAGUGCAGAGCACGCCCGGG